GCGUGGCCGUGGCCGCCGCAGCGCAGCAGAACGGCGAAUGGGGCGGUGGCGCCGGCUCAUACCCCGGCGGCGCCGAACUCGACUCCGGUGUAGGAGGAGGAAGAGCAGGAAGAGAAGGCCACGGCGCAGGUGGCAUGUUUGCCGCGGCGCUGCACGGGCUCAGGGGCGGCAGCGGCGGCGGGAUAUCAACGACUGCAGCAGCAGCAACACGAAAGAAAGAAGGAAAAGGAGGAAGCGACGAGGAAGAGGCAGAACUCAAGCCAUACUACCACCACCCGCCGGGCCCGUCACCGCCAGUGCCCAUCGCGCGGCUGAUCCCCCGCAAUCCCCGACCUCACCCCCAGGAGCUCAGCUCGUGCAACAACCCCGCCGAGAUGAUGACCGUGUCACGGUGCGCCACGACCAUGCCGCCACCACCUCCCCAGCACCAGCAGAGCACGCUCCCUGCGCCCUGGGAUGUGCGAAACCUGCCGGAGAACAGCCCUACCAUUACCCUGCCGCCCAGCGCGCUGCUCGCCCCGUCCUCGUCGUCGCCAGCAGCAUCCUCGCCGCGCUACGAUCAUAGCCAGACGUCGCCGAAGGACUGGUCGCAAGAACCCCAGGAGCUGCCGGCGCAUCCUUGAUGGCAGGUUAGAUUUUUUUUUCUUUCAUUGUUGUUCGUCGGUGUUAAUAGGGAAAAGAGAAAGUUUGCAUGUUUUCACUUCUGCGGGGAUAUAGAGGCUCAUCGUCUGUCUCAUUAGAUCCCCUGAGCCCCUGAGGCUAGCCCUCUCUUGUCGUGUGUACGUUACUUUUCUCCUUUCUUUCUUUCUUCUUUUUCGGGGGGAGGUGGUAACUGGACGGACGUGGCCGCCGUCAUCAAGGACGCUCGUGUCAAUGUAUCUAUGUUUUUCUUGGGCAAAGUCAUUCAGGGGUAAUCAAUACCCUAUUCUACUGGGUGGUGGUGGUGGCUUGGUAAUUCGUGCGGCGGGAAAGGAAAG